UUUUCAGUUGAUCAGAUGCGCGAAAUUAUGGGCAAUCCUAAGAAUAUUAGGAAUAUGUCCGUCAUUGCUCACGUCGAUCACGGUAAGAGUACUCUGACAGACUCCCUGGUGUGCAAGGCGGGUAUCAUCUCGGAGAAGGCCUCGGGAACGGCGCGUUUCACCGAUACCCGUGCUGAUGAGCAGGAGCGCUGCAUUACGAUCAAGAGUACAGGUAUUUCCCUGUAUUUCAAGCAAGAUUUGGAUGACGGAAAGGGUGAACAGGAGUUUCUCAUUAACCUGAUUGAUUCGCCGGGGCACGUUGACUUCAGCUCCGAGGUCACGGCGGCUCUUCGUGUUACUGAUGGGGCCCUUGUCGUUGUGGACUCUGUCGAUGGCGUCUGCGUCCAAACAAAGACGGUCUUGCGCCAGGCUCUUCAGGAGCGUAUUAAGCCUGUGCUUCACGUCAACAAGGUGGAUCGUGCCCUCCUUGAGCUCCAAAUGGAACCGGAAGAAAUCUAUCUGACCUUUGAGCGGAACGUUGAAAAUGUCAAUGUCAUCAUUUCCACUUGCACUGAUGAGAAUAUUGGUGACAUGCAAGUCUUCCCCGAGAAAGGUACCGUGUCAUUCGGUUCUGGUCUUCACGGGUGGGCCUUCACAAUCGAGAAGUUCGCAAAACUCUACGCUGCGAAGUUCGACGUGCCCAAGGAAAAGAUGAUGCAGCGUCUGUGGGGCAACAACUUUUAUAAUGCCAAGGAGAAGAAGUGGACCAGGAGUCAGACCGACGGUUCUCAGCGCGCAUUCUGCCAGUUCAUUAUGGAUCCCAUCUGCAAGUUGUUUUCAUCCAUUAUGAAUGACCAAAAGGAUAAAUAUGAGAAGAUGUUCUCUACUCUCGGCAUUGAACUUAAGGGUGAAGACAAGGACCUAACUGGCAAGGCACUUCUGAAACGUGUUAUGCAGCUCUGGUUGCCCGCUGGUGACUGCUUGCUGGAGAUGAUUGUCCGUCACCUGCCCUCCCCAUGGCAGGCGCAGAAGUACCGUGUGGAUACGCUCUAUGAGGGGCCAAAAGACGAUGAGGCUGCGAAUGGUAUCCGCAACUGCGAUCCUAACGCUCCUCUGAUGAUGUAUGUGAGCAAAAUGGUUCCGACGUCGGAUAAGGGCCGUUUCUAUGCAUUCGGCCGUGUGUUUUCCGGGACUGUUGCCACCGGCCAGAAGGUUCGUAUCCAGGGUCCGUACUACGUACCGGGGGAGAAGACAGAUUUGACAAUCAAGACCAUCCAGCGUACCGUCAUCAUGAUGGGCAAAUACGUCGAACAGGUGCAGGACGUGCCGUGCGGUAACACGUGCUGCCUCGUCGGUGUCGACAAGUUCUUGCUGAAAUCUGGAACCCUCACUACGUACGACCAAGCCCACAACAUUGCCGAUAUGAAGUACUCUGUUUCUCCUGUCGUCCGCGUUGCCGUGAAACCGAAGGACAUGAAGGAACUUCCGAAGCUGGUUGAAGGUUUGAAGCGUCUAUCCAAGUCUGACCCACUGGUUGUGUGCACGACGGAAGAAAGUGGCGAGCAUAUUAUUGCUGGCUGUGGUGAGCUGCACGUUGAAAUCUGCCUGAAGGAUCUGAAGGAAGAGUACGCGCAGAUCGACAUCCUUGUGUCUGACCCAGUCGUGUCCUACCGUGAAACAGUUACUGCACCUUCUUCCAUGACGUGCCUGUCCAAAUCUCCAAACAAGCACAACAGGCUAUAUAUGACUGCCGAGCCUCUUCCAGAAGGCCUGCCUGAAGCUAUCGAGUCCGGUAAGAUCAGCUCCAAGGACGGCCCGAAGGAGCGUGCUGCCGAACUGAGCGAGAAGUUCGAUUUCGACAAGAACCACGCCAUGAAGAUCUGGUGCUUCGGCCCGGAUACCUCGGGGCCGAACAUCUUGGUUGAUAUGACAGUUGGUGUUCAGUACCUCAACGAAAUCAAGGAUCAUUGCAACUCUGCGUUCCAGUGGGCUUCUAAGGAAGGUGUGCUCUGUGAGGAGAACAUGAGAGGUAUCCGCUUCAACCUUAAGGACGUGACGAUGCACGCGGAUGCGAUUCACAGGGGUGCCGGUCAGAUCAUGCCUACGUGCCGUCGUGUUCUGUACGCAUCACAGCUGGUGUCGCAACCCCGCCUCCAGGAGCCCAUGUUCUUGGUAGACAUCUCGGUGCCUCGCGAUUCCAUGGAAGGUAUCGACACUGUGUUGUUCAUGCGUCGUGGCCACGUCUUUGAGGAGGACAGCAAGCCUGGCAAUCCUCUAGUUGUUCUCAGGGCGUAUCUCCCAGUCGCCGAGUCCUUUGGUUUCACCACAGCUCUCCGUGCUGCCACGUCUGGACAGGCGUUCCCUCAGUGCGUCUUCGAUCACUGGAGCUGCCUCUCUGGCGAUCCUCUUGAAAAAGGAAGCAAGAUGGAAACUCUGGUGCACGGCAUUCGCACCAGGAAGCACUUGAAACCCGAAAUCCCUCCUCUGGAUCACUACUACGACAAGCUGUAA